AUGCAAGGGGCCGUCCGUGACGCACAGGCCAAGCCCUGCCGGUUCCACGAGUGCACGGGCUAUUGCCGACACGGGACGGAGUGCCGGAAUAGGCACGCGCUCUUCACAGACGGGCGAAUGCUCAUGCUCCGGAACAUCAUACCCCGGAUCCAGCACAAGGACAAGGCCGAGCUCUACAAGUUCUACGACCAUUGCUUCGAGGACAUCUUCCUCCGCCUGGCGCAGCUCGGCCCCAUGCAGGACUUCCUGGUAGCGGAGAACACGAACCAUCUGGCAGGGACGGUCUACGCACAGUAUGCAAGCCAGGUGGCCGCGCAAGACGUGGCUUCUAAGCUAUCUAAUACAUACUAUGCUGGAUUUCCGGUCAAAGCAGAGGUGAUAGGGGUGGAGAGCAUCCAUAAGACGCUCUGCAGGGACGAAUAUGCGUCGGGGAAGUCUGGGAGCAAGUGUGCCCAUGGGCUCUCCUGCAGCUUUGUGCACAAGUUCUUGCCCCAGCAGAAGAUGUGGGAAGACAUGAAGCUCCUCCUGGCCCCCAGCCAAAGGCAAGCGGGCUGUAGUCGUACCAUUAAGAAGUGA